AUGAUCCCCUCUGAAUCAGAAUCACCCAACAACAAGAGAAAACGAGAGAAUUUUUCUGCUACUCAGCAUCUCCAAUCCUCAUCAAUAGAGCAUACACCUUCCGACAAUAUUCUCUCCAAAGAGCUCGAAAUUAAAUCCUUCUUUGAGCAGAGAGAGUCUCAACAAGAAGAACUGAUUGAACAGGUUAGUCGUGAGCUUUCAGAGCUCAAAUUAGAGAAAUCACUCGAAAACUUUAUGAAAAAACUAUCCUUGAAUGAUGAUGAUCGUGAGGGUGAUGAUCACCAAAUGACUACAUCGAAUACCAUUCCGGAAAUUUCAAAUUUAAUCACAAACAAUGAAACUGAUUCUUUUGAAACCAAGAAAAUGUUGCAAAUUAAACGUAUGCAACGUGAUGAACCCGUCGUGUUGAAUGUAGGAGGUCGAUUUUUCAGGUCAACGAUGAAAACACUUAUCGGUGAGGGUCAUCUUGUAGGUGAUACUUUGAAUGAGGGCUCAAAUUCUUCCAAAAAAACACAAGAUACCUCAUCAGAACCUACAGAUGCUUCUACUCCCACCAGCGCUGGUAGUCAGAACAAACAACACUUUGAUAACUUGUUUAAAGUCAUGUUCUCUUCAAACUUUUCGAUUGAGUACGAUUCGGCUAACAAUGAAGGAACAAAGGCCAUUAAUUUUCUGGACAGAAAUCCUGACCACUUUGAAUAUGUGUUGGAACAUUUGCGCCAAAAUGGACGUGUCAAAUGUUUGGGAUUGGAAAAUAUGAGUGUUGAAAUGUUGAUCGAUAUUAAGGCAGAAUCAGAGUAUUUCUUGACUGAAAAGUUGACCAAUUAUGUUACAUCUUUAAUUGAAAAGAAAUUAUCAAACGCUCCGUUGCAACAACCACAACAACAACAAGCACUGCAAACAUCACUCACUGUAGAUCAAAUGCCCUCUCAAGAUUUGCAAGAAAAAGCGUCACUUGUGGAAAAGAAUGCUCCUCCUGAAUGGUUAGAACAAUUCAAAAACUAUGAAAAUGCAGUGAAAGAAAAACGAGAAUAUUACGUUUUAAAAACAAAAGAUAUGAAGCUUCUCACAAUGAAUCAAGUCAAGGAAUUAUCCAAAUCAUUGAAACAUCGACUUGUUUCCUUUGUUGAGGGAACAGAACAACAAUCAGAUCUAUAUAUCCAAUUAGAUAUUUCAGGAACAGUGUUCAAUAUUCCAUUUAGAGUAUUUAAGGAACGUCCACACUUCAUUGUGUACAAGUACAUUAAUUCGGAUAAUUUCAUGUUAACCGAGAAGGGUACCAUUUUUUUGGAUCGAAAUGCAUCAAUGUUUCAAAUUAUUUAUAGUUAUCUCAUUAGUGGAACCUUUAACAACUUUCCAGUGAUGGACAAAACAAAAAAGAGUCAACUCAAACAUGAGCUCAAGUUCUAUCAACUCUACAAAAUUUUGGAAGAAUAUUUCAACCCAUGCAGAUAUCCAAUUGAAACGAUCGGAAAAGAAAAUAUCAAACUCAAGGAAAAGGAAGACUUUUUAAGAGAGCUAUUUGUGAAGGACAGAAAUAAUCCACUUCUCGAUGACAAGUAUUUGUUGUUGUCUCCUUUAUUUUCGAUGAUGCAUCAAGUGGUUGGAGAAGCCAAAAACAAAUACGCAGUACCUGAGGCUAAAAAGCUCUUUCAAUUUACAGAUGAAACUUGCUAUACAAGACCUGUUUCAGAACCGGUUGUCGUUGAAUCAUUGGAGGCAUUCAAACAAUCUUGGUCUGCAUUUACAAAGGGCUUAUUGAAUGGCCUUAAUUUUGACAAUGUCUUUGCAGCUGGUGGCAGUGUAUUAGCAUGCGUAUUGGAUGGUAAAAGGAUGCCUCCAAAGUGUAGAAAUCCCUUUGUUUCCAAAAAGGACAUGACUCUUCGUUCAAAGAGUGACAGCGACGAUGAAGAAGAAGGUUUUGAUGAACCUUCCUCUAACCUCUCUAACAACCAUUCCAAAGAAAAUGAAAGUGAAAAAAUUGAACGAGACAAGAUGAUGACCUUUGAGUAUUCUUGGGAACAUUCUGAUGGCAACUUUGCUUCCAAACGCCAAGUUGGUUCUUCGCCCUUGAAACCCAUUUCAGCCAAUACCACGCCACAAGGAUUGCCAAUGUUUCAAAAAAUCUUUUCUAUGCAAUUUCAACAACCAACUCCACUCAGCAAUAUGUUGAACUCCAACACUAUGAGUAUGCCAACCCAGAAUUCUGGAUCCAACCUAACAACACUGUCCAUGCCAACUCCAACUACAAUUCUUGGAAGCACCAGUGGUGCUGGAUCGAUCAUGCCCGCUAGUUCUACAACUCUAACGGAUACCAGCACUUUUCCAACGUUUGGAAUGCCUACCUUAAUUAAGGAAGCCAAUCCAAUUCCCAUUCCCAACACUCCAACGUCUUUUGAAUCAUCCGAUAUUGAUUUAUUCCUCUUUGGAUUGACUCCAGAACAAGCAGAAGACAAAUUAAGAGAUAUUUAUCGAGUGAUUAAGCAGAACUGUGGAGGUGAUGUGUUGAUUGUUCGUUCAAAGUUUGCCGUUACCUUCUACGCACAAAAUUGCAGACCCAUUCAAGUUGUCCUUAGAAUUUACAAGUCUCCCGCAGAGAUCUUGUUGGGCUUUGACAUUUGUGCCGCCUGUCUUGGAUAUGAUGGCCAUCAAGUUUGGUCCAAUGCUCGUAGCAGAAGAGCUCUUGCGUUGAAGACUAAUUUAAUUGAUCCUGAUCGAAUGUCAACUACAUACGAAUACAGACUCUAUAAGUACGCAAAGCACGGUUUUUCUGUUACAAUUCCAGGCUAUGAUCCAUCUUUAGUAAAAAACCAUCUCGUUACGUAUCCCCGUCAAUACAAAUCCAAGUACAUUCAAGUGAGGGGUUUAGCUAAGCUUAUCAUUGCUGAUUAUGCCAAUAGAUCCAAACAUAUCAAUUACCUACUUUCUGAGUUUGAAUCACGUCGUGAUUACGAGGAAACACAAAAAUUGAAAUUAUUGAAACAGAUGGAUAGCGAAAAACUUUCUGAUUAUGACAUCUCACCGAUCAAAGUAAGAAAGUACAGAGAUAUGCAAACAGAAUAUCAACGAUUGAAGCAUAACUCUGAAUUUUUCACACAGCUCAACGCGAAGAAAAACAAAACUUGGAAACCUUACUAUGUGAUUGGUCUCAAUGACGUUGAGAAAUGCAUUCAUGACAUUGAACAUUCAUCCCGUUUAUCAGAUAAGAUUGAAUUUGUGACAAUAGAUCCUGGAUCUCAGAGAGUUGGAUCUUUCAAUCCCAUUGUUGAUAAUUUCUAUCGAGAUGCCUAUGAGUAUGCGACAGAGGCUGAACCUCAAAUUCUCACACGCAGAAAACAUUUCCGUAAUGCCUAUCAAGCCAAAUGGUCUUGGGAAAAGAAUUUAUCGACACAUGCUUACGAGGCCUACUCUCCGUUUAUUUGCAACAAAAUUGAAGUAGCUUAUCGAAAGUUUUUGAAUGAUCCAAGUGCAUCAACAGUUCAGAUUAUGGACAACUACAAGAUUGAUUUUACUACCAUGCAACAAAUUAACAUGUCUGAUCAAACGAAACGAAGAAAAAUUAAUAGAAGCAUUAAUAUUAUCUGGAACAGAACCACUGAGCUUAGACCGGUUUCUAAGCUGUCCUACAAGACUUAUUAUUGA